GUUCUAGCUUCUAGAUAGUCAUCAAAUCCAUCACCUACUUAACUGUGCCAACCUUUUCCUUAAACAAGUUAAAUAUUUAUAUCAACUUAAGCUCUUCAUUAGGUCUACUUCUCUAUUUAACGUACCUUCAUCUAACCAACACAAUGAACCCUAAAUCAUUCAUUACUCUCCUCUUUAUUAGCACUGCUGUUAGUGCUACUGUUCCUCCAACAGAGCCAGAUGCCUCUCAUUUGGUGCAACGCGACCCAGAGGACUACCAACGAUGCUACAGGAACUGUAAAGACAGAGUGGCCCCUAGGAUGAGAACUGCUGAGUUCAAAGCAAGGUGCCGCAGAUUCUGUUUAGCUGUCACUCACUAAGGCAUAACUGGGCUACAAAGGGGACAAUAUUUAAUAGUAAAUACUAUUAUCUUAGGGUUCCUAGGGGGGGAGACCUAGGGGGCCACCAGCGGGAGGGCUACAGACGGAUAAACUAUCACCCAGAGGACACGUAAAAGGGGAAUUUGCAGGAAUUAAGGAGCUAGGAGAUAGGUAGAUUAGAAUAAUUACAACUAAACCCUAACUACGCUAUUUGUGGAGGCCUUUACUUAGUGCGAUCACAGCCUCUAACAUCUUAGCACAAAACGAUUACGCAGCAACUGAAGAUGUUGAAGGGUCUGGAAAAGCUAAACCUGUAUCAAUUCGAGCACUAAACGGUGAUUUGUUGAGAUUUGAAAGCCUGGGAUCAUUCCACUGCAUGC